AGCGAUGAUAUCACCAACCCAAGCUGCUAAAAUUGUGGAGCGGAUGGUCAACCAGAACACCUAUGACGAUGUUGCCCAAGAUUUUAAAUACUAUGAGGAUGCUGCUGAUGAGUUCCGGGACCAGGAGGGGACCCUGCUGCCACUCUGGAAGUUCCAAAAUGACAAAGCCAAGCGCCUGGCGGUCACCGCCCUCUGCUGGAAUCCAAAGUACAAUGAUCUGUUUGCAGUGGGACAUGGCUCCUAUGACUUCAUGAAGCAAAGCCGAGGCAUGCUGCUGCUCUACAGCAUGAAGAACCCCAGCUUCCCUGAGUACAUCUUCAGCAGCGACAGCGGCAUCAUGUGUCUCGACAUGCACGUGGACUAUCCCUACCUGGUCGUGGUGGGCCACUAUGACGGCAACGUGGCCGUGUACAACCUCAAGAAGCCCCAGGCCCAGCCCGCCUUCCGCAGCUCCGCCAAGUCCGGCAAGCACACGGACCCGGUUUGGCAGGUCAAAUGGCAAAAGGAUGACAUGGACCAUAACCUGAAUUUCUUCUCCGUGUCAUCUGAUGGCAGGAUUGUGUCUUGGACGCUUGUGAAGAGUGAGCUAGUUCACACAGAUGUCAUCAAGCUGAAGGUGGAGGGCAGCUCCUCAGAAGGCCUGGAGGGGCUACAGCUGCAUACAGUGGGCUGUGGCACUGCCUUUGACUUCCACAAAGAGAUCGACUAUAUGUUCCUAGUGGGCACAGAGGAGGGGAAAAUCUACAAGUGUUCAAAAGUCUACUCCAGCCAAUUCCUGGACACCUAUGAUGCCCACAACAUGGCAGUGGAUGCUGUGAUCUGGAACCCAUACCACACCAAGGUCUUCAUGUCCUGCAGCUCUGACUGGACCGUGAAGAUCUGGGACCACACCAUCAAGACCCCGAUGUUCAUCUAUGACCUGAACUCAGCUGUGGGCGAUGUGGCCUGGGCACCAUACUCAUCCACUGUGUUUGCAGCAGUCACCACCAAUGGGAAAGCACAUGUGUUUGACCUGUCCAUCAACAAGUAUGAGCCCAUCUGCAGCCAGCCCGUGGUGGCCAAGAAGAAGAACAAGAUCACACAUGUCAAGUUCAAUCCUAUCCACCCCAUCAUGAUUGUGGGGGACGACCGAGGCCAUAUCACCUGCCUCAAGCUCUCACCCAACUUGCGCAAGAUGCCCAAGGUAAGGCCUGGGAAGUUUGGACUCAGCAAGAGGCAGUCUCCAGAAUGA